AUGGGCACCAAGAAGCGCACUUCGGACGCCGCCGAGCUCCCCAACAAGGCCGCCGACCGCGGCCAGGACACUGCGCGCGCCGCCGCCGUCGAGGAGGACAACGAGAUGGGCGAGUUUGAGGACCGCUGGGAGGACGAGCUGGAGGAGGAGGUUGUGGACAAGGACAUGAUCCCUGAGAACGAGGAUGAAGAGGACUUUACGCCUGCGCAGGAGGACGAGGACGAGCCCGAGCCCAAGCGUCAGGUGUACCUGCCCGGCGUCACCAUGGCGGCCGACGAGCAGCUGGUGGCGGACAACUCGGUGUACCCAUGCCUGCACUCAAUGUCGUACGCGUGGCCUUGUCUGUCGUUUGACGUGCUCAAGGACACUCUGGGCACGGACCGCAGCGGGUUCCCGCAGACGGCAUGGAUCGUGGCGGGCACCCAGGCCGGCGAGGUUCCUGGCCAUGGCCGGGCCAAGGACGAGGUGGUGGUGAUGCGCAUGUCUGGCCUGAGCAGGACGCAGCACGACGACGACAGCGAGGACGAAGAGGACAACGACGAGGUCGACGAGGACGCGCGUCUCGACUUCCUCACCCUCCCGCACGUUGGCGGUGUGAACCGUAUCCGCGCUGCCCCCGCCACCGCCGGCGCUGCCCUUCCCGACCCCUACCACGUUGCCACCUUUGCCGACACUGGCCGUGUGCACAUUUACGACGUGCGCCCGCUCAUCGACACGCUGUCUGGUCCCUCGCGCCCCCGCCAAAAGACCCCCGUGCACACCGUCACCGCCCACGGCCGUUCCGAGGGCUUUGCCGUCGAGUGGGGACAGACCGGUCUGCUGACGGGUGACGUCGACUCGAAGAUCUACCUCACCACCGCCACGCCUACGGGCUUUACCACUGCGUCGGGUGCGUACGCCUCGCACACUUCGUCAGUCGAGGACCUGCAGUGGUCGCCUGCCGAGCCGACCGUCUUCGCCUCGUGUUCCGCCGACCAGACGGUCCGUGUGUGGGACGUCCGUACAAAGGGCCGCAAGAGCGCCGUCAGCGUGCGUGCCCACGACGACGAUGUCAAUGUCAUUUCGUGGAACAAGAACGUCGACUACCUCCUUGUGUCCGGUGGCGACGAGGGCGGCAUCAAGGUCUGGGACCUGCGCAUGUUCAAGGAUACCCCUACUCCCGUCGCGCACUUUACAUGGCACACGGCACCCAUCACCUCUGUGGAAUGGCACCCGACCGACUCGUCCGUGUUCGCCGCGUCGGGCUCGGACGACCAGGUCACGCUGUGGGACCUGGGUGUCGAGCAGGACGACGACGAGGCCCCCUCGGCCAUUGGCCCCGACGGCAACCCGCUCGUCGUCCCCAGCCAGCUGCUCUUUGUCCACCAGGGCCAAAAGGACGUCAAGGAGGUCCACUGGCACCCCCAGAUCCCCGGCAUGGUCAUCUCUACGGCGAGCGACAGCUUCAACGUCUUCAAGACCAUUUCGUGCUAG